AAUGAAACGUAGUUUUUCAAGAAAUCAUUUUGGAUUGAAAAUUUCGAAGUUUUCCCUUUAUUGAUAAAAUAAUUCAAUUUUAGUGCAAUUUAAUGAUUCCUUCUUCUCGACGAAUAAUCAAAAAUCUUUAUUAUAUAAUUUCUUCUUCUGAAUUGAUGCUUCUUCUGAAUUUUUUAAAAAAUAAAAGAUGUUUAUCAUUCAAAAGAAUGAUUUUUAAUUAAUAAAUAUUAAGAUCCAUAUAAUAUUUAAUUAAUAAAGAUUCGGAAUAUCUUUCGAAAUCGUUCUUUGUGGGAAAAUUGAUGAACGAAUAUUAAAAAAAAAAUCUAUAUAUAUAUAACUCAAUGUCUUUCUUCGUCGAUAUCGUAACGGAGGAUUCUUUUUACGAGAAUCUUACAUUAGGUGUGGUCAAGAUUCUCGAAAGUUUUCCAUACGUAAAAAAUGUACGAGUCGAUCGCAGAAACGGAUGUGAAACUACAGUCAUUAAUAGCUGGGAACAACGCCAUUGUUGUAUACUCCCGGAAGAUGUUAAGAACUUUUACGCCUCGAUCGACGGUUUUCUGCUUCAGUGGAAUCUUGAGAUAGCAGGUGAAGAAUUUCCCAUAGGAUGCAUGGAAAUUGGUACCUUUUCCUCUUUAAAACGCUAUACAAACAAUUCUAAAAAUUAUCAAACAGAUGCUACUAAGAAAGAAUCUUACAAUGACAUCCAUAAAUUAGAAAAUGAAACCGUUUGCGGUAGUUCUACCGAUCUUGAGAAUACAAUUUCAUCUCAUUUGCAGGAAAAUGAUUGCAAAAUGUUUGAAAUAGCAAGAUGCUUUCCAGAAAGUGAAAUUGCCAAGAUCUAUUUGGUAUAUCGUAUAAAACCGGAAAUGGAAUCGCCAACAAUCUGGCUACAUCGAGAGAAUACUAAUAAAUGGUAUCGCUUAGCAGACAAUUUUACUAUAUACUUUCGUAUGAUGCUUGUUCACUUGGGUUUGCCAUUGUGGCAAUGUUGUGUGGCUGGUUUGUCUCUUCCAGCAUGGAUACAACAAGUUUAUUUUUUAAUUGGUCCUCAUUUACUUCCUUCUACCGUUGAACCAAUGGAGACUAUUUCUACCUCUAUGUGGAACAAUGGACCUACAAAUAUUAUCGAUCCAGCUAUUUUUAAAGGAAGAGAAGGAAAACAAAAAAGUUCAAAAAAGAAGUAAUUUUUAUAACAUUAUGGUUCAUUAUCACUCUUCUUAAUAUAUGAUUUAUAAGAUUCAAGAGCAGAUAAAAUUAAUAUUUUUAAAUUAGUAGAAUGUGCAUCUACAUUUAUGUACGUAAAAGUAAAUUAUAAAAUUAUAAAAGUAAAUAUUUUUUUCAUGAAAAUAUUUUUUGUUAAAUAUAUUAUUGUUAUGAUAUCAUAAUAAUAAAAUUUCAUUAAAGCAUUAAUAAAACAUGUAUUAAUACAUUUUAAUAUAUUGAUAAAAUCUGCCAUUAUUUAAAAACUAUUCACAUUUUCCUCCAAAUGUCAAUCAUUAAAAAUAAAAUGUACUGUUGAAAUCGACCACGUGAAAUCAUCAAACAGUAAAGCUAAAUGAGUGAAUUUAUUUUGAGAACUCGAGAUCAUACUACUGCUCUAAUAUAUUCACAUUGUCCUUGGUCAAGUGUAUCAAAGAGGAAACAAAGAGAACUGUGUUCCAUUUCUAAUCUAUUUUUCAAGAUCAAUGGAAAAAUAAUAAGACGAAUUAGAAAACUUUAUUCUUUCCUUCUUUUCUCCUCUCUUCUAGACCCUUCCACGACGACCCUUGGCCCAGUUGGCACAAAGCUAAUAUAAAAACACCUAAUGAAUUGGCAAUACGCCUUCCCCCGUUGGCAGACGUGAAUGUCCACGGAACGUAGUCACUUCGUCGCCGUCCAUGGAAACUAUCUGCACAUCUUUCUCUCCAUUGUAACUGAUUGCAGAAUUCAUUUGUCAAGAUGCCAGAAACGCCACAAAUAUUGACACUAGCGCCAAUAAAAUAAAUACUUGUUAUAUAAAGAAUUAUUAUGAGCAAAAAUUUCUCAAUAACAAUGAUCAGCCAUCUAUUUUAACAUCAAUAAUCAUCAUGUAAAUUUUCAUUAUUUAAAAAACAAUAUACUUCAUGAUGUCAUAUAAGUAUGUAGUCACAUUCUUUCAUACAAUUCAAAUCAUUGUUAUAGUAUCUUAUUACCAAACAGAUUAGCAAUUAUUAUUUUCUAUCUUUCAGAUUACAAUAAAAAAUUCUAGAAUUUCUUUCCUUAUAAGCAGAUUAAGUUCUAUUUAUAGAGAAUUAAUAAAUAUUAAGUCCGUACUCUUUCUUCUUCAAUUUUUAAUUGAUGUUUUACUGUUGAAUCUUCUUUUUUUUCUUUCACAUAAAAUGUGUUAUUGUUCAAAUAUUAUUCUGUUAUACUGUUCAUCAAAACUUUUGCUUCGAUUUGUUAAGAUAAAGGGCAGAUCGAAGAGAAGAGAGGAAAGGCGAGUCUAAAUAUAGCUCGUUAAAGAUUCGUAUGGAUCUAUAUUUCGCGGUGUCGAGUGAACCAAUCGCGGAAAAAGAUUCUUUAUUGAUUAACAUCCAGCUGUGCCGAUGAUUGGCCCCGGCCGUGACGAAGGUUUUCGCUUCGACGUUCGGACUUUUUGUUGGAAAGUCACGGGCCUAGUAACGUCUGCUUGCCACGUAAAUACAUAGAUACAGCAGCGAUGUGGUCGAUAAUUCGUCGUUUGCACUAUUUAAGCAUUCGCGCGUGUAAGAGCGAGCAAUAUGCCAUCGAAUAUGUCAAGGUCUUCGUAUAUAGUUCCUCUAUAGUAACCUAUGAAAAAAAAAAUAAUUUAUUAGUGGAUAGGUAGAUGGUGGAAGUAAGAGUUGAGACCGGAAUAACAAUGGAACCGAAAAGAGAAGAUGUGGAUAGAAUAGGAGAUAAAUGUGGACGGACACGUGAUCUUUUUAAUGAUUAUUAGUAUUAUAUCAAAUGAUUUUAUUAAAGAAUCAAUGUGAUAUGAUAAUCACUUUGACUGAGUUGAACUUGAAUC